CAUAAGGCUUGAACUUGUUUUACAACCUCUCAUUCCUAGUGAUCUCUAUCUCUACAUUAUCUCUUGCUUCAUAUUAAUUAUUUGCUUUUCUUGAAACAUGGCAAUAUCUGAUAAAAUUAGUGUUGAAAUUGUGAUCCAAGUACCAGCUUCAAAGUUCUUCCAAAUUUUGGCAAAGGAACUCCACAAUAUCCAAAACAUUUGUGAAAGAGUGCAUGGAGCUAACUUGCACGAAGGUGAUGACUGGCACUGCACUGAUUCGGUAAAAAAUUGGACUUGUCUAGUAGAUGGUAAAGUAAUUACAUGUAAAGAGAAAAUUGACGCCAUCGAUGAAGAGAAGAAGUUGAUUCAAUUCAGCAUCUUUGAUGGAGAUAUCGGUCAAAACUACAAACUCUUUAAAGAUAGUGUUCAAGUGACUGAGACAAACAAUGAAAGUGCUAGUGUUAAAUGGACUAUUGAAUACGAAAAGAUCAAUAAGGAUGUUAAAACUCCAUACGGCUUCUUGGAAUUUUUAGAGAAGGGUACUGUAGAUGUUGGUGAUCAUCUUCACAAAGCAUAGCUCUCCAACCAUUAUAAUUAAAGGAAAAAAGUAUAUCAUCUAUAUCUAUAAAUAAUAAUUUAUGUUGUGUUUGGCUUGAGGUUAAGUGUGUUUAUUUAAAUAACGCAGUGGUGCAAUCAUGGAUAUGCAUUAAUAUUUGCUUCAUCAUCUGUUAAUUCAUCCUUUGUUGGAAUGGAAUUAACUUAUUUCAUGUAAUGUUAAUGGUUUUUUGUUGAGUGUACGAAGUAUGUAUACUAAAAGGAUAUUUUUAUCCAUUAUUCAUGUGUGCCUUUUUUUGUUA